AUGAACGAUUUAGAUUUAAUUUGUCAAAUUAAAGCGUUGGUCUUGUUAGAUAGUAAUGGAAAGAGAAUACAUAGUGCAUUCUACGAUCAGAAUAUAGAGGAGUUCAAAACUGAAAAGGAUAGAAGAGCAUUUGAAUCAAAAGUACAUGAAAAGAAUAAAAUUACAAAUAGUGAAUUAGAAAUUAUCGAUCAGUUUAUUGUGGUCGGUGGUAAAACAGGAGAGUUGGAACUCUUCAUUGUCGGAUACAAGAAUGUAAAUGAAUUGGUGUUGCUAGAUGUCUUCAAUGUACUCACGAGUCUGAUGAGAAGAAUCUGUGCCACCGAAGACUCAUCGGUCAUCACAAAGAAAGGUAUUUUAGAUAAUUAUUGGGUGCUAAGACUGUAUCUAGAUGAGAUUAUAAGUGAUGGUAUCGUUUUUGAAGUUGAUGAAGAAACUAUUGUAGCAAGAACCCCACUGGCAGAUCAAGGUGCUACCGACCUUAACAAUGCAAUCGAAAUGGCAAAAGAGAGAUUUUCAUAUUUCACAAAGGGAAGAUAG